CUCGCCCGGUAGCCAAUAGUAGGGCCGCGUCGUUCCCCUCUCCGCCAAUCGGGGAGCGGCUUAUUGCCGGCUGGGCGAAGCGCUCGGUGUGCGCGUCCACCCGCUGUGGAGCUGGGGCUCUGGCGCGGGGCAGGCGAGUCCUCUCCUCCUCCUCCCUUUCCUCCUCCUUCCUCUCCUCCUCCCCCCCCCGCCCCUUCUCCCCGCGCUUUGUUGGUGCCUCUCCCGGGAGGGCAGCGGCGGCGGCCGGCGGCGAUGCCCGAGUUCCUGGCCGAUCCGUCGGUGCUGACCAAGGAGAAGCUGAAGAGCGAGCUGAUCGCGAACAAUGUGAGCCUGCCGGGCGGCGAGCAGCGCAAGGACGUGUACGUGCAGCUCUACCUGCAGCACCUCACCGCCCGCAACCCGCCCGCCGCCGCCGCGCAGCCCGACUUCUCCAGCGACGAGGAGCGGGAGCCCACGCCUCUCGGCGCCAGGAACCGCGGCGCUGCUGCCGGGCGGAAGGCCACGAAAAAGACUGACAAACCCAGACCAGAGGAGCAGGAUGACCUAGAUAUAACAGAGAUGAGUAAUGAAGAUCUUCAAGAGCAACUUGUGAAGUAUGGAGUGAAUCCUGGCCCAAUUGUAGCUACCACUAGGAAACUUUAUGAGAAAAAACUGUUGAAACUGAUGGAGCAGGGUCCAGAACUGACGGCACCAGUGCCUCUCCCAGCGGUUUCUUCAGCUGCUGAGAACACCAGACAGAACGGAAAUAAUGAUUCUGACCAGUACAGUGACAAUGAAGAAGAUCCGAAGACUGAGCUGAGGCUUGAGAAGAGAGAACCAUUGAAAGCCAGGACGAAGACUCCAGUAGCACUCAAACAAAGAAGAGUUGUUGAACACAACCAGACUUAUUCUCAAGAUGGAGUUACUGAGACUGUCUGGACAAGUGGAUCUUCAAAAAGUGGACCUCUGCAGGCAUUUUCUAGGGAGUCUACAAGAGUGUCAAGAAGAACACCAAGAAAAAGGGUGGAAGCUACAGCGCAGUUGCCUGUAGAUGAUGCUGUAAUAACAGAGAGUACUCCCAUAGCUGAAACUAUAUUGACUGCAAGCAACGAGACCCUAGUUGUCAAUAGGGUGACUGGAAAUUUCAAGCAUGCAGCUCCUACACUGUCAAUCAGUGAACUCUCAGACAUGCCCAGAAGAACACCAAAGAAACCAUUGAUGACAGCUGAAGUGCUGGAGAAAACGAAUACAGAAGAACGAAGAGUAGAAAGGGAUAUUCUUAAGGAAAUGUUCCCUUAUGAAGUGUCAACGCCUACAGGAAUUAGUGCUAGCUGCCGUAAGCCAAUCAAAGGAGCUGCUAGCCGGCCUAUAGAGCACAGUGACUUCAGAAUGGAGGAAAGCUUCUCUAAGUAUGCUCCAAAAUAUGAUACCUCAACUAACAUCAUCAAGUCGGAGAAACCACCAACAAAAAAAGAACGCUCCAUUCCCCUAUGGAUAAAAAUUCUUUUCUUUGUUGUUGUUUUGGUCUUCUUGUUUUUAGUCUAUCAGUCUAUGGAAACUAAUCAAGGAAAUCCUUUCUCUAAAUAUCUGAAUGCUCCCUCUCAGGAUGGUGCCAAAUGAGUAUCUUUUUGAAAGGCACACCUGAUUCGAUCUCCUGUUUUUAAUUGUAGAGAACUCUUCUGCCCUCUCAUCGGCUCAAGGACUUCUUACAAAUAAUGUGAUUGGAACCUGAUAAAUUGGAUAAAUGAAGCAAGAUAAUAUUAAAUGGACAUCAGUAACUCUCUGGACUUUGGACUAGUAGGAGACCACUUUGCUAUAGGAGUAACAUUUUUUUAGAUCUUUGAACUUUUUGUAGGCUUUAUUUUUUUAAUGUGGACAUCCUUUAAAUUGAUUUUUGAGAAACUGUAUAUUUGUUUUUGCAAGAACUUGGAAGCUGAGAAGGGCAAAAAUGUAGUAAAAUGUGAAGCUGUGUUUUUAAAGCUUUUCCUUUGUACAGAAAAGAAGUUGUACUUUUGUCUCUAGAUUAUUGUGGCGGAGGAUUUUAACAUAGGUGAUAAAGGGAAAUGCAUUUUUGUAUGCAUUUUUUCAGUAACAAUGUAAUUGAAUUUGAUCUCUUAGGAUAUAGAGAGAGUACAACAACCACCUUUUCUGUAGAUUACUGUAACUUUUUAGUAAAUGUAACUGUAAACCUGUUUGCGUUUCUGUAAAAGUCUUAGUAUCAUAUUAGUAACUGUUUAAGCAUAACAUCAUUUAAAUGUAUAUCUUCAUUUUAGUGCUUACAGUGUUGUAGGAGCUGAAUACAAAUCUAAUUGGCAAGAGAUGUCUUAGAGGAACUUAUUUAUUAGUAAAAUGCGUGGAAAAUAAAAACUGCAUCAAUAUAAUUUGCUACUAAAAUACUUUUUUGGGUCAAGGUUGUUAUCUGAAGUAGUCUAAAUUCUGACUUUAGCAGUGGUCUUUCUUUUUUUUU